AUGGCUGCCGUCUUUAAAUUAACCAGUGCUGUGUGUAAAACGUUUAAUGAAUCUUGGGUUACCAUUGAACAUUGCCGUUUGCGAGCUAUUAGCCGUGAGAAAACAGUGGCCAAUAUUGAUGUAAAUGUUCACUAUCCGGCAGAAGAUAUUUAUGUGAGACUCCAAGUACUCAAAAAGGCCAAUGGAUAUAAGCCUUGGAUAAUUGAUUCGACUGUAGAUGCCUGCGGUUUUAUGCGAAAAAACAAUCAACCUGUUGCAAAAAUCGUUUACAAUUUGAUCAAAGAGAAAUCUACGGUCAAUCACACUUGUCCGUAUACGGGUUUACAACAAAUUAGGGACUUCUAUUUGAGACCCGAUAUGGUGCCUUUGCCAUUCCCAACUGGUGAUUAUGCACUAUUUAUGACGUGGAUAUUUUCGGGUAAGCCGCAAUUUGCAACAAAUCUCUAUUUCACAUUUGCGGAGGAUCUCAUUAAGCAAUAG